CUAACGCUAGCUAGUACUUUGCAGAGACAUCGUCAAAUACGAUGACUGUGUUAAAAAUGUCUUUACUGAUUGGUGCAUACGGCUUCUUAAUCCUAAUACCAAUGUCCAAAGGGGCAUAUAUAUCUUAUAGAGGCGAGUGUCCAGAUGGACACAAGGAAGGAGACACCUGGGCCUGGGGCGAUUCUUGUGGAGAGUGUUCCUGUCAUGUUGGUUACUGGUCAUGUGAAUCGUGUGGGGUAUUAGCCCCCGCUGAACACUGCUACCACGAAUCGAACACGCAUGCCCACUAUCCGAACUGUUGCCCAUCACUUGUUUGUGUUGGAGAUCCACAUUUCAACCAAACCAAAUACGACAUACUCGGGAAAUAAAGGGGCGAACGAACUUUUAAAAAAAGUUAUUGUUUACCUUUGUACAUUGAAUAAUACAAUUUGAACCUUUUUGUACUUUUAUGCUGUGAUUUUUUUUUUUCAAAAUAAGUAUCGACGUAAAAUAAAUCAUUUUUGGCAUAA